AUUCCCAGGUGUGGCCUAUUUAGCCAUCCAUAAAAAUCCCUCGAUCAAUCACACUACUAACAAGCAAUAAAUUAUUAAUUACCCAUUUCUGCAGAGAAUAUAUAAUAUCCUCAUUCAUAAUCAAACGUUCAAAACUCCAUCGAUCUGUAUAUAUAGUAGCAGCUGGGAGCUGAGGCAUACCAUUCAUGGGGGCUUCUUUAGUGUUAUUUGCAGUACUGGUCUUUGUGGCCAUGGCUGACCACUCAAGUGGGACGACGGUGACGACCGCGCGGUGGUGCAUAUGCCAGGGAGGGAAUGCCGCGGCGCUGCAGAAGGCGCUGGACUACGCGUGUGGGGCAGGGGCGGCAGACUGCAGCCCCAUCAAGCCACAGGGGCAGUGUUACAACCCCAACAACCUCAGAGCUCAUUGCAGCUACGCCGUCAACAGCUACUUCCAGAAGAACGUUGAUGUUCGUGGCUCAUGUGACUUCGCCUCCACCGCCAUCAUCACCACUUCUGAUCCCAGUGUAGCUGGAUGUGUUUAUCCAAGCAGUGCAAGUGGCACAGUCACAUCUCCAACAACAGCGGGUCCCGUUACUAAAACCCCGUCGAGCGGAAUGCCAUCCACCACCACCAGUACAGGCGGCGCCACAACCAUGAGGCCUCCUACCACCAGUGGUGCUCUUGGAGGCGGUGUCAACACCACCACACCAGGUGCUGGUUCAAACAACGACGUUAGCCACAGCAGCAUUUCUCUGCAAGGGACCUCAGCACUACUUCCCUGCCUUGCCGCCCUCAUAACCUACGCAAUGCUGCUGCAGUAAAAGGAACAACCUAUACUACCAAUUAUGUAUUUCUUUCGCUUCUUUUUUCACCGGUUUAUGUACCUGUAUACCGGUAUAUCUGUACUAGGUUAAUCACAGUAGAGCAAUGUGAUAAGAUUCUGUGCUUUUUUUAUCGCUGGAUGUGUAUUGCUUCG